GGCCUUAUGGCUAAGAUCAAAGUGUAGUAUCUGUUCUUAUCAGCUUAACAUCUGAUAGUUCCUCCAUUGGAGGACAACAAAUGUUAAACUGAUUUUUGGAAUCAGACGGAGUGCUAGGAGCUUGCUCCACCUCUGUCGCGGGUUGGCCCGGUAUUGCAGUACCGCCGGGAUUUCGGCCCAACUGAAUAAUAAAUUUAGAAUUAGAAAAUGAUAGUAAACUAACUUGGAGUAGUUACUCUAUAGUUUCUUAAGCUGCUCCUUUUUAAGUCAGUAGUAUUUUGAAAUUGGUCAGUGUCAGUUUUUUAGGUCAGCAUCAAAAUUAUGUUGUGUGAAUAAGCCUUACAUUCUUAUCACGAAACAUGUCUGAACCUUCCUCCUCUGGAACCAUCCAGGCCAGGAGUACCCCUAAGGCUCCUCCAGCUGCACCAACCGACGCCAUGUCUCGGAGUCAAAAACGCCAGCAGAAGCGGAAGCAGCGCCUCCAUGAAAUGCAAAGUCUGCUGUACACCAAGCACUUCUCCAACUGCCGGCUGCCUGUGUCGGUGGCCUCUUCUUCCGAUGAGCAGCUGCUGCAAUUGAAGCGCUUUGGUUCGCUGACCGAGCCGCCCAGCAGCAGAAGGAAUCCACUCUUUGUAAUCCCGUCGAACGAUUCGCCAUGGGCCCGGAUGCGCCUGGUGGCUUGUCCAUGCCACGGAUGCCGCUGCUCCGUGGAGCCCAGCGCUUUGUUGGGCCACUAUUUGAGCGACCAUCUGCCGGGCUUGGGAGUUCCGUUCUUCGAACUAGAGAUGGGCCAGAAGGUAUCCCUAACAUGCCACAUCAGCAGCAUGGAACGUGAUGUUAACACGCUGCUGGGCGUCUAUGGUUACCGGCGCACAGGCCUCAAUCCCCUCAAAUGCCACCGGAACACCCAUUUGCCGGCGGAAUACCGCCACUUCUCCCAGCACAGCGCCCUCAUGAUCUUCGGCUGCCGCACCGCACACUCGGUGCUGUGGGAAAAGAAGCGAGUCAAGCACGAGGUCCUGGCCAUCUGGGUGACAAGUCCGUUGCAGGGUGUGGCCAUCACACUGCGUCUGCUGGUUCAGCCGGCCAAAUCGCCACGUUACUACUCAAAGCAAAUCAAGGCGCGACCCAUCUUGCCUUGGACGGCGAACCAACCCUGCAGCGAGUUCAUCAAGACGGACAGCAACGUGAUCCUCAUCAGCUUCGAGGAUCUCCGACAACUAAUGGAUCUGGAUGUGUGGCAGCAGAUGCUUACUGUCGAACUAAAGGUAGUCAGCGAGGCCAGAGUUUAGUUAAAUAAAAAACUCGAGACAAAUUGGAGU